ACAAUUUGGAGUCGGCUGGCUGCAGCACCGAUGCCAAGCAAGCCGAGUACGCCGUCACUCACAACAUCAUUGCCAUGUUCGAGAACAAGGUCUACGGCCACACAUUCGCAGACCCCAUCCUCGCAAGCCUGGCCAUUCUAGCUGUAAGGAGAGUGCCAUAGGCAGGUCAAGCCAGCGAGUAGCAUACAACUAGUACCUACCCAAACUUCUUCUCCUCGAUCAUCAAGACUCUGUGCCUCUUGGUAUUUCACUCCAAGGUCCUGCGAGAGGAAUCAGCCACACCCGCAAUGGUACACGCCAAACUGGCUGCUCAGAUGACCAGCCUCGGAUGCCACUCUUCCCCAGUUCCCAACCCAACAACUCUGGCAUCCAUCUGCAACAUGCAGGCCAAGCUUUCCAUGAUCCCCCAGGAUGUGAACAGCACCACCCCUUUCGACUGGGUUGAUGAAGCUCGGGAGACCCUGCGCUGCGGUGGAGUUACAGAACUUACAGUCAGCUUACGCAACAUCCAGUACAUGGCAUCGACAGCCAUUGACAACACGCUGGCCAGCUUGCGGACGUGUCUUCUCCUACCCCCCGGCAAUGCCGCCGAUAAAUGGAGCGAGAUUCCAGACCUGCCAACUCACUACUUCGACGACAUCUGCCAAGAUAGCCAUGGGUCUUCAUUCCUGGACCAUCUCGGCGACAGCGCCUGGGUCGCUGCACACAAAGGUUACCUGCUGCAGCUCGUCGACAGUACGCCAGAAAUCAAGUCCCGAUGGCUGGACGACAAUGGGAAACUCCAACAGCCCCAAGCCGAACGUUACCUACAAGAUGUCCAGAGCCUGUUGGCCCACCUGGCCGUAGCCAUGUUCAUCACCAUCGGCCAACUACCUGACGCCGGAGAGCUGCUUGGGCUAUGCCUUGACGGCUCUAGCGUGGCCCGAUGCAACAUGUUCUACGUGCAGGGCCUCAUCGCCAUCUCCUCGGACUGCCUCAGGAGUCGCAACACCUCUCACAAGCCCUGCUCCGUCUGGCGAUUUCUCCCCCCCUCACUCAGCAGAGUCGUGGUCAUCUAUGCGUGCUUGGUACGGCCGUUUGCGCAGGCCGUCUACUUACAUCUGCACAAGGACGACGUCACUGAGCCAUCCCCGCUGUUAUUUACCGAUUUGCUGUGGCAGCACCGCUCGCACGCUCCCCCCGCCCGCAUCCUGGAGCAAGACGACGACCAAGGCCGGUUGCCUGCCCAAACCAGUGCGAUGCCAGGGCAUACUACAGAAACGUUAUCCGACAAUCUCAGGCAACUAUUCAAGGGGAUUACGGGUGAUGACAACCUUAGAGUGCAAAUCUGGAGCCAUAUUGCCAUUCGAUUCACCCUUCAGCAUAUUGCCAAUUCUCUCCUAUUAUAUCGUGCAUUUGAUAAUAUAUCGGGAAAUACUUGUGAUGAUAAUGACGAUGAUGGCAGUGAUGUAUUCCAUCACCAGGCCUCUUACCCGAUAUAUAUAGCCGAGGUAUUAUUCACAACACAGAGCCAGGGGAUAUUACUAUCCAAGAUUGAACUGUUCCUGCAGCUGUUGUAUAUGUGGCAUAUACUGCUCACCCCGUCGUCGGUGAUGAUUCAAUCUUCUUGGCAAUCAGAAUAUGAUCUCGAUGCAGCUGAGGUCAUGCAGAUGAAGCGCUUGAGAGCCAGGAAGGAAAGGCUGCGCAACAAUUCGGCGCUGGCCCAGAUGAUGGGUCUUGACGGUAUUCGGAUGCACCCUCACCAAGAUAGUGCACUGCAGUCUCUCCAGUGCCAGCCUGGUGAUACUCUUCUUGUUGCUGCCGCUGGCAGUGGCAAGAGCGAGGUUUGGAUGCUGGCUACCAAACUGAACUCCGCCGGCAUCACUGUCGCCGUGCUGCCUCUGCCCGCGCUCGUCGAGGACACCCAUCGCCGCCUGUUCCAGUACGGCAUCAACGCAAGCGUCUGGUCUGAAGGCCACGGUAUGCCUUCCCGCCCAUGUGUCAUUAUUCUUCAGCCCGAGGACCUCUCCAAGCAGUCCUGGAAGAAUUAUAUUGCGCCAUUCCAGACCCGGCGCCUUGUCGACCUUGUUGUCAUCGACGAGACUCACAUGGCUCUGGAUAAUACAGCAAACUUCCGCCCGGCUCUCAAGAAUACGGCCAAAAACACCAACAACCUUGCACCGCAGAGACUGCUCAUUACAGCCACACUACCUCCUUCGUUAAAGCGAGCCUUUGAGGAUGUCUAUGGCAAAGUCACCUCCAACAUUAUUCGCAGUUCAACUAACCGUCCCAAUAUCCGGUACAGUUGGAUUCAGUCUGCCAACGAUGACGAGCAGGUGGGUAUUGCUGCCAAGAUUGUGUUGCAGCUAAAGUGUAUGCCGGCCCACAGGGCCAUCAUCCUCCGAUCUCAUUUGGUGCCUUUUCGCUUGCAUCCUUGA